CUGGGCGAUUGGCUUGGGGACCCGAGGGGCGCCCUAGGUAGUGGAGAGACCAGGUUUGAGCUGCUGAUUCUUGCUCCAGAAGAGGCAGUGCUGCUUGAGCGAACCCUCUGAGAAUCGUUGAUGGGCUGCAGACUGCUAGGUUGAAGGAGGGACCAGGGCCGGGAGGUGGGUUCUAGGCAGACCGCUCCCUGCACGUGCUGGGGGUGUUUGAAUGGGAAGCAAGAAUUUGGACUGGUAAUCCUGGAAUAGCGCAAGGCGCUAGGGCAUUCAGGUUUGGUGGAGACUUUGGGUUAGAGGUGCAGAAUUGGCGUCCAGGAAGAACAGAGCUGCAGCAUCUGCAUGAGAUUGACAGCGCUUUGCUCAGGACCCUCAGGCCUCUGCCUGUGCCUGGAGGAGAGCAUGGAAGAGCAGGAUGAGAAGCCCCCAGAGCCCCUGAAGACCUGUGCCCAGGACUCUCUCCUUCCUCCAGAGAUUAUCGUCAAGGUCGAGAGAGAAGAUGCUGGGUCACUGGCCCUUCCAUCCCAGGAAGGAGUGAACUUCAAAAUUGUGACUGUGGACUUCACUCAGAAGGAAGAGGGCACUUUGAACCCUAAUCAGAGGUGUGAUCCUAGAGACGUGAUCCUAGAGAACUACAGGGACCUGGUCUCUUGGGACUUGGCAACGGCACUUGGAAGAAGAGAAUCAACAUCAAAGCAGAACAUUUUUGAUGAUGAGCCAUCCCGUGGAGUGAAGGUAGAAAGGUUGACAAGAGAUGAUCCUUGGUUAUCUUCGUGUGAAGAAGUUCAGGAUUGUAAGGACCAGUUUGAAAAGCAACAGGAAAAACAAGAGAGACUUUUGAAAGAAAUGGCAUUUACUCACAGGAAAGCAAUUACUUAUGAGAGAGUCCAUAAAAGUGAUGAACUUGAAGAGAAAAGUGGUCUGAAUUCCAGUCUUUUUUCACCCCAGAUGAUACCCAUAAGAAACCAUUUUCAUAAACAUGCCUCACAUGUUAAAAAAUUGCAUUAUAAUUCCAUUGUAAACACUAAUGAGACGAUUAAUGACAGUGAGAAACUCUGUGAGAAUAAUGAAUGUGGAAACCCUCGCCAGAACAUUCACCUUAUUCAGUUUACAAGAACUCAAACAGAAGAUAAAUCCUAUGGAUUUAGUGACAGUAUUCAAUCUUUUAGCCAUGAUGUACCCCUAAAUAUACAUCAGAAAAUACACGCAAGAGGAAGAUCCUUAGAUUUUAAGGAAUGUGGGCAAGUUUUGAACCACAGUAUAUCCCGUAAUGAACAACAGAGAAUACCUGUUGAAGAGAGUCAAUAUAACUGUAGUCAAACCUCCCAGAGUUCUCUUGCUCAAAACAUGAGAAACCAUUCUGAAGAGAAACCCUUUGAAUGUAAUCAGUGUGGGAAAUCCUUCAGCUGGAGUUCUCAUCUUGUUGCACAUCAGAGAACUCACACCGGGGAGAAACCUUACGAAUGUAACGAGUGUGGGAAAUCCUUCAGCCGGAGUUCUCAUCUUGUUUCUCACCAGAGAACUCAUACUGGAGAGAAACCUUACAGAUGUAAUCAGUGUGGGAAAUCUUUUAGCCAGAGCUAUGUUCUUGUGGUGCAUCAGAGAACUCAUACUGGAGAGAAGCCCUAUGAGUGCAACCAGUGUGGGAAAUCCUUCAGGCAGAGCUACAAACUUAUUGCCCAUCAAAGAACUCACACUGGAGAGAAGCCCUACGAAUGCAAUCAAUGUGGGAAAUCCUUUAUCCAGAGCUAUAAACUUAUUGCACAUCAAAGAAUUCAUACUGGAGAGAAGCCCUACGAGUGCAAUCAGUGUGGAAAGUCCUUUAGUCAGAGUUACAAACUUGUCGCCCAUCAGAGGACUCACACAGGAGAAAAACCCUUUGAAUGUAAUCAGUGUGGAAAAUCCUUCAGCUGGAGCUCUCAGCUUGUUGCACAUCAGAGAACUCAUACUGGAGAGAAACCCUAUGAAUGUAAUGAGUGUGGAAAAUCUUUCAACCGCAGUUCUCACCUUGUUAUGCAUCAGAGAACUCAUACCGGAGAAAAACCCUAUGAAUGUAACCAGUGUGGGAAGUCCUUUAGCCAGAGUUAUGUUCUUGUUGUGCAUCAGAGAACUCAUACUGGAGAAAAGCCCUAUGAGUGCAAUCAGUGUGGAAAGUCCUUCAGGCAGAGUUCAUGCCUUACUCAACAUCAAAGAACUCAUACUGGAGAGAAACCUUAUGAAUGUAAUCAGUGUGGGAAAACAUUCAGCUUGAGUGCUCGACUUAUUGUACAUCAAAGAACUCAUACUGGAGAAAAGCCCUUUACAUGUAAUCAGUGUGGGAAGGCUUUCAUUAAUAGUUCUAAACUUAUUAGGCAUCAGGCAACUCAUGCUGAGGAGAAACCCUAUGAAUGUAACUAGUUUGGAAAUCUUUCAGCCAGAGUGUACGCUUUUUUACGUCACCGGCUGGACCUCUUAAUAAGACCGCGCGCCGCAGAGGAUUCUGGGAAGUGUAGUCCGGGCCCUCCCGAGUCGCCCACUUCCGCUUCCGGCCACCGCAGCGCUGCCAUAAUUUCUUCUGCGAUGGCCCUCCCGCAGAAACUUCUCGGACUGUCUUCAGCCAUCUGCAGCGUUCUUGGCCCUGUGGACCAUGAGUCUCUCCGGAGCAGGGACUAUGCAUAUAGCGACUCAGUCCUUCCUUCUGAGCCCAGGGAGCCAUCCGAUGCUCCUUGUCAGAACUUGGAGAUCCUUAAGAGUGAAGAAGGCCCGGAUCUUCUGCUUCUCCGGAUUAGGAAGACCAGAAGAGAAAUAAAAUUGCUUCCACUCUGGGAAAACUUAGGAGAGGCGAUCAUGGAGACUUGGACCUCAAGGCCUGGGGAGAGAGCUGUCUGCUCUCAAGCCUCAGCCCUUUCUCAGGAUGGGGAGGACAAGACCGAGUUUCAGGAGCCAUUGACCUUCAGGGACGUGGCGGUGGUCUUCACUGAGGAGGAGCUGAGGCUGCUGGACUGCGCCCAGAGGAAGUUGUACCGAGACGUGAUGCUGGAGAACUUUAGGAACCUGCUGUCUGUGGGAGACAAGAAUGCAAAGGAAAUGGAGUAUAUUCAAGAAAGAGAAUUAAAGUGCCUUUCCUCCAGGGAGCUCUCCUACUGGAAAAUCUGGGAACAGGUGACUGGUGAAUUAACUGGGAGUCAGGAUCAUAGAGUAAAUCUUCAAGGGGAAAGUUUCCAGUUCUCAGAAGACGCUUCUCCCUGCCAAGGGUGGGAAGGAGCACCUGCUCGGGGUUCACACAUUGACAAUCUGGUGGGCAGUCUACAGAGACCCAUCGGCUCAGAAAAUCAAGAGUUUCCACCCUGGAAAGCUGUAAGACCGGUAUCCGGUCAGGAUUCUUGGAUGAAAGCCUUUGUGAAUGAGCCGUGGAACAUUCGUGAAAGGUGUAAAAAACUUGACAGGCCAGAUACAAUAUAUAAUAAACAUGAGGGGGACAGUUACGACUUCAGCUGGGUAUCACGUUGUCACAUUGGCCACAGAUUCCCUGAAAGAGAGAGACCCUGUAAUUGCUAUCGGUGUGGAAAGGACCGCGUUAAAAAGCCGAUACUUCAUCGCCCUAACAACCCCCAAGAGUAUGACCGGAAAAGAAAUGACUGUGGAAACGGCUGCAGGGAAGAGUCCCACCUUCCCACUCAUCCAAGAGGGCCCUCGAGAGAGAAACCCCAUAAAAACGAGUUCGGCCCGGGCUUGAGGCCGACCGCCCACCUCGAGAGACCGCAAAGGACUCCUUCGGGCGAGAAAGCCUCUAAAAGUAAGGAGUGCGGCCGGGGCCCGCGGCAGAACCCGCGCGGGCCCAGCAGGCCCCGGGCCCCUGCCGCGGAGCUGCCCUACAGCUGCGAUGUGUGUGGGAAGGGCUUCCGCUACCAGUCGAUCCUCCUCAUUCACCAGGGCGUGCAUACGGGCAAGAAGCCGUACGCGUGCGAGGAGUGCGGGAAGGCCUUCGGCCGCAGCUCAAACCUGCUGGUCCACCAGAGGGUCCACACCGGCGAGAAGCCCUACAAAUGCGGCGAGUGCGGGAAGGGCUUCAGCUACAGCUCGGUGCUGCAGGUGCACCAGCGGCUGCACACGGGCGAGAAGCCCUACACGUGCAGCGAGUGCGGCAAGGGCUUCUACGCCAAGUCGGCGCUCCACAAGCACCAGCACGUGCACCCCGGGGAGAAGCCCUACAGCUGCGCCCAGUGCGGGAAGGGCUUCACGUGCAGCUCCCACCUCAGCAGCCACCAGAAGGCGCACGCGGGCCAGAAGCCCUACCAGUGUGACAAGUGCGACAAGGGUUUCAGCUACAACUCGUACCUCCAGGCGCACCAGCGCGUCCACACGGGGCAGCGGCUCUUCGAAUGCGACGUGUGCGGCAAGAGUUUCAGUUACAGCUCGGGGCUCCUCCGGCACCAGAGGCUGCACACGGGCGAGAAGCCCUACAAGUGCGAGUGCGGGAAGGGCUUCGGCCGCAGCUCGGACCUGCACGUCCACCAGAGGGUCCACACCGGCGAGAAGCCCUAUAAGUGCGUCGAGUGCGGGAAGGGCUUCCGGCGGAAUUCAGACCUGCAUAGUCACCAGAGGGUCCACACGGGCGAGCGGCCCUUCGUGUGCGACGUGUGUGGGAAGGGCUUCAUUUACAGCUCCGACCUCCUCAUCCAUCAGAGGACGCACACGGGCGAGAAGCCCUACAAAUGCGCCGAGUGCGGCAAAGGCUUCAGUUACAGCUCAGGGCUCCUCAUCCACCAGAGGGUGCACACCGGCGAGAAACCUUACAAAUGCGAGGAGUGCGGUAAGGGCUUCCGGUGCACCUCAAGUCUCUACAAGCACCAGCGCAUCCACACGGGCAAGAAGCCCUACACGUGUGAUCAGUGCGGCAAGGGCUUCAGUUACGGCUCCAAUCUCCGCACCCACCAGAGGUUGCACACGGGCGAGAAGCCCUACACGUGUUACGAGUGUGGCAAGGGCUUCAGAUACGGCUCAGGGCUCCUCAGUCACAAGAGGGUGCACACCGGGGAGAAGCCUUAUAGAUGCGACGUGUGCGGGAAGGGCUACAGUCAGAGCUCACACCUUCAGGGUCACCAGAGGGUCCACACGGGCGAGAAGCCCUACACGUGCGGGGAGUGCGGGAAGGGCUUUGGCCGAAGCUCCUGUCUUCACGUCCACCAGAGGGUCCACACGGGCGAGAAGCCCUACACGUGCGGGGAGUGCGGGAAGGGCUUCAGCUACAGCUCGGGCCUGCGGAAUCAUCAGCGCGUGCACGGGAGUGAGAAACCUGACAAGUAGGCGAGCGUUCGGAUGGCAUCCCGAGCUUUCUGCUCACCCGAGCGCCGGUGCGGGAGGAAGCCUUUGGGAACGUGCUGUGUAGGGUCGGCUGCUGGGGGAGGCUGACCUGGUCACGCGGCCCUUUCUGCGGAGGAAGGAAAGACCCGGAAGUUCGAGAAGCGGGAAGAGCGCUUGAGUCGCAGGCUUCCUCGUCUCCGAGAGUGUGUCGGCCGGCGGGCCGUCCUUAAGGAAGCAGGGCGGGGCCUCCGUAAAGAUCGUCACUCUCCUCAGAGUCGGCCCAGGAGGGAGCUCUUCUAAAUGAGAGGAGCAGGUGGUGGACAUGGAUGCCUUGGUGGGGGGGGGGGGGUUGGAAAAUACCCGCAGAUGGGACAAAUGUAGGAAAGAAUGGCCACCUUGCUAAAACCAAUAUUGUGUGUACCUUUUAGAAGAUCGAUUUUACAGAAAUUGAAAGAUGGUGUUACUGUGGGUUGAGGCCAGUCGCUUUUAGAAGAGCAGGAACAGUUAGAGGGAGGGUCCCCCUCUUGGCAGGUGUGGAUGAUGUGUCUCCACAUACACCUUUUUAUGUCACGUUGUGGUGAAUGUGUUUCAUCUCCUAGAGAUAAACUGCUCUCCUAGAGAGGUCGUACUGAACUGCGGAGCCGUUUCAUUUUAUCAGGUUUGUUCUGUUUUGUUUUGAAGUAGGCUCCAUAUGGGCCCGGCACGGAGCCCAGUGUGGGGCUUGAACUCACAACCCCGAGAUCCAGACCUGAGACGAGAUAAGAGUCGGACGCUCAACCGACUGAGCCACCCAGGCACCCCUCAUUUUACCAGGUGUUAAACACGAAAGCCGAUUGGCGUUGCAUUGAAUUUAUAGGCUAAUUUGUUUUAUUGCUAUCAUGAGUAUAAUGCUUCUGCCCCAUUUCAUUUCAUGUUUUUAAACAGACAAGACAACUAUUAGAGCAUUUUAAAGAAUCAGAAAUACCAUUUGAACUUGUCAGAAUAGCCGUGGAAAAAUAGAGUCACCAAAACCACCAUCAGUGGGGAUCUGUGGAAACCUGCACCUGUGAGUUUAUUGGUGGGGGGUGAAAAAAAGUAGUCUUUUGGGAAAGAAUUUGUCAGUGUAUCAAGUUCAGAUUCGUGUAACCUUUGAAGUGGCAAUAAGUGUGUAGUAAUUGAUACUUGGGAGGUAGUUGCACAUAUGGAAAAAGAUGUAUGCAUAUGACUGAGUUUCUUAGCAUUUUCUUACCAUAGCAAAAUAAAAAAAAAAUUAAUACUCCAAGUGUAAUAAAUUAAGUCACAUGUAAAUGAGUGAAAACCACUAAAAAUAUUCAGGUACACCUACAUAGACAUUGAAGGUUGCCCACAAACCAUUUUGUGAACCAAGAAAGUUGGAGAGCCAUUUUAGUAUGGCCCCGUUUUGUUAAUAUGCUUUUUGCGUGUGUAUGUUUAUAUAGAGAGAAAGACACAAAAAUGUGUGAAAGGUCAGUAUGAUAACUGCUUAUCUCUAGUAAGUGGUUUGCGGGGUGUGUAAUAACAUUUGUGUACUUGUAUGUAUUUUACUUUUUAACACAGUAUAUAUAUCAAUUUUAUAACAAUA